ACCUAGCUAAAUAGACACCCAGUAAAAAAAAAAAAUUUGUGGCGGCCAUUCACGGAUGGCCCGCUACCGCCGCCCCGCCGCUCAUCAUCCCCUCCAUGGCGAUUGAGUCGGGCGUCCCCCCAUCCCUCCGCUCCCCCCUCAACUUUUCUUCUUCCCAGAAGCAGCUCCACCGCCGCCGCCCCAUCCCUCCACUCCUCCCUGAACUCGUCUUCUCCAUCCCGCCGGUUGAGCAGCCGGUAUCCGGCGAGAUCUGUGGGGGACCGCAUGAGCCCGUCCAUGUCCGUGUGGAGGAGAAGGGCGGCAGCAGCCGGAAGACCAUGCAGGAAUGGCAGUUGGCCAUGGUGGAGGGCCGGGAAUUCGAGUACCCGGCGAUGAUGACGGACGAUGAGAUCGCGAGGCUCGGCGUCCUCGUCUCGGAGGUGGACCGACCGGUGCAGCCGCCGCUGCCCCGGUACGCCACCGGCAUCAUGCCGCCGGGCCUCACGUGUAUGCACUAUUAUUGUCAAAUAUUGCCACGUGUUCCUUAAAGAACACAACAACUGUUGAUGCCAAAAUUUUCAAUAUUAUUUGCUGAUUAUAUAAUGUUUAGUUAAA